CGUGAUUUCGAGACUUCCGGCGAGACGUGAUGUAGGAGCCUGUUGGUGCAGUUUUGACAUACCUCACACAAACUUGAGGCCGGCGAGAGACGGAUUAGUGUGAAGCGAACAAAUGAGACACAUGAUGCGAGAUGACGACAUCCAGCAGCUCCAGCCACACCAACUGCUCCAUCUGCCUGGACCCCUUCAACUCCCCCGCUGCCUGCAUCCCCUGCGGCCACGUCUUCUGCAACCUCUGCAUCAGCCAGUGGUACUCCACCACCAGGGGCGGGGCACGCGGCCUGUGCCCCCAGUGUCGUACCUCCAUCCUCUCCAUACAGACCCUGCGCAUCGAUGACGGACACAUUUCCAUACAUCAUUCUUCUGUCCUGGCCCGGACCGUGAAUUUCUUCCACCAACAGUGGUUUUCUCUCACACGCAGUGUGCACGAUCUCGCCGUGGAGGUCCCCACCAGUGUAAGAGAGCUGGAGCAGGCUACGGAGAGAUACCAGAUUCCUAAUGUUGUCCAGGCAGCACGGAGGAUCAGGAGAUUGCCAGCCACCGUGUUGCUGUCUUGGUUCAAUCUGGGCCCGGAGGUGCAGCUCUUCACCCUUCUCAUCCUCAUCCUCCUUGCAUCCCUCCUCAUCAAAGAUCUCCAGAACCCUGUGGGACUCUUCCACAACUGUGUCUUCCCUGUCGGCAGCCUAUGCAAGGACGUCUUCCGUGAAACUCUGUGUUGUCUGCUGCUGGUGAUCUGUCGGCCGCUCGUCUGUGUCGGGCAGUGCAUUCUGGAAGUGCUUUUAGCAUUGUGGGACAUCUUUUUCGGGACGAUGGUUUCGUUGACGUUGGUGACUUUCUACACGACCCAGAUUCCCUUCGUUGUGCUAAGUGCUGUGAUAGAGUGGACAUGUGCUCUGGUCAUAUUUAUUUCGGAGGCGUUUAUCGCGAUGUUACGCCUCGCGUUCAUCAUGGGCCUGGUCCUCGUUCCUGGAUACUUUGCUCAAACGACGGAAGAACAAAGAAGCGAAUAUUUUCAAAAUUUCCUGACAAUCGUACGGACUGGUCGUGAUCGCUACCAAGCCUAUGUGGACAGUUUACAGGAGAGAUAUAUCAAUGCUGGAUAAACUUUUGUCUGUGAUUUUCGCAGAUUUUAAUAAUAAUUCAGUUUUUAUUUCUUGAUUUAUGAAGUUCCUUAGGUGGUGAAUUUAAAUUUAAAUUUGUCAAUUUCAUCUUUUAUGAUCAUGGUAAAAAAUAAGGUUUAAAAAAAUAAAAGAAUUAGUUCUCAGGCAAUGGUUUUUGAAACUAUAGUGCGGGUGGGCGGUGUCUCUUAUUGUUGUUGUUGUUGUACUAGUAUGUAACCAAUAAACAAUUGUGUACAAUCAACCUGGGAAACGGCCUCCCUACAGAAAUGUAUUCCUUGAUGAGUAAAACACUGGAAUACAGUAUUUGACUACCGUUGGAUUGGAAUUUUUGAUGAUUUUUUUUUUAAUAAAAUGGAAAUAAAAAUGAAACGUGUGGUGAACUUUAUGAUGAGGCGGGCGGAGCCUGAGAACCAAGACUAUUAUUUUUUUUAGCCUGAUAUACACUUAUUUGAUUAUUUCAGUGAAUGAGAUGUCCAAGAGUUACUUCCCUUACUAUGUCAGUUUACCAGUGGAGUUUUUUGUCAUGUUUUACCCAGAAGCCAGAUUAGUUUUCUAUUUCAAAAUAGUUAACUGAAAUCAAUGUGUCCAGUAUUUAAUACAUGUUAUUAAGCCUCUUAUCCUGGUAAUACAACUAAUAACCAUUGAUAACUGUGUUACAUGAUUUUGGUGUGUGUGUGUGUGUAAAUCCAGUUAAUAUGGUCACCACUGAGCACAUGGUCAGUACAGGAAGUUAGAUGAGAGUGGUCUCCCCUUAGAUAAUACUGUCUUACAACUAUUCCUAACUGAUAUAAUGAGCUACAAGAUAACUUUGAUCCAGAGAUCAACACAGUACGAAAAGGUGUUAUACUAUAUACUACGGUGACUGGUCAAAAUCGUUCCAUACAUAAAAAAAUAUCCUGCAUACCAUCUGUACCAAAGUGCAAUGCUUAUGGUUCUUAUAAUUUUAAGUAAAUAUGGUGGAAGC